AUGGAGAUGAGAGCAGUGGAAGACAUAGAUAUGGCGGAAGACCUGAUAAUUCCUCCACUCCCGCCCUUAGCCUUCUGCCUCCACGACUCUUAUCUCUCCACCCACUGCUCCGCCUGUUGUCGUCCGCUUCCCGAUUCCCCUUUUCCACCAACUCUUCCGCCGGAUUCCGGCGAUGCUCAUACCCUAGUCUACUGCUCCCCUCGUUGUUGCUCCGACGAUUCCCCUUUACACUCCUCUUCAUCCGAACACAACCUCCUCUGUCAAACCCCAUCCCCUCCUACUUCUCCUCUAGGUUCCUCCAGCAUCUGUCUUUCCCUCCGCCUCCUUAAUCACUUCAUCGGCAAUCGGACCGAGGCUGUUAAUUUGACCAGGAUUGGUGGUUUAGUGACUAAUUACGAGAGAUUUGCCGCGAUUGAAAGGAAUGACGAUUCGGGGGACAACGUACUUGGUAUGAUUAAGGAAGGUGCCUCCAGGAUGCUUUUGGCGGGAAAUUUUGGGGAUGAUAUGGCGGCGGUGGCAGAGGCUAUGGUUUGCUUGGUGCUGACGAAUGCUGUGGAGGUGCAGGAUAACAAGGGGAGAAAUGUGGGGAUUGGGGUUUAUGAUACUGCAUUUUCGUGGAUUAAUCAUAGCUGUUCCCCCAAUGCUUGUUACCGUUUUACAGAAAUGACAGCUGAAGUGGAUCGUAAUGCGCAGUUGAGGAUUUAUCCGGCAGCUAUGAUCGACGAUGGCGGUGGUGAAGGUGAUGAUGCAGCUGGACCUGCCAGUGACAUGACAAGAAGGGAGGGAUACGGUCCAAGGAUCAUAGUCCGGAGUAUACAAGACAUUAAGAAAGAUGAGGAGGUUACUAUAUCAUACACUGACCUGUUACAACCUAAGGUUGUGAGACACCGAGAAUUACUCGCAAAAUACCAAUUCAGUUGUUGCUGUAAGCGAUGUCGAGCGACACCUGCUACUUAUGUUGACCAAGCUUUACAGGCGAUAGUGGUUUGCAGUCCUGAUGGGCAGAACUUAAUUUCUGAUGAUGACAUCUAUGAAAGCAAUGCAUCUCAGGAGUUGAUGGAUGUAUUUGAUAAUGCUGUAGAUGAGUAUUUAACAUUUAACAACCCUGAAAUGUGUUGUACAAAGCUUGAAGAGUUACUAAGACAUGGGCACCCCAAUGUACGGCUAGAGCCAAGAUCAGGGAUAUCACAAUCAUGCAUAAGAUUAUAUCAGUUUCACCAUUUGUGUUUAAAUGCAUACACCACACUUGCUUCUGCAUACAGAGUUCGUGCCAGUGAUUUUAUGGCUUUCCCUUCUGAAAACCACAACCAUCUAGUGGAAGCUUUCAGUAUGAGCAAGAUAAGUGCAGCCUACUCCUUAUUGCUCGCAGCAGUCACGCAGCAUCUUUUCCUUCAUGAAUCCUCCCUCAUUGUCACUGUUGCAAAUUACUGGAUAUGUGCAGGGGAGUCAUUGGCUUUUCUUUGUAGAAGCUCAAUGUGGGCCACGUUUCUGAAACUGCAGGCCUCUAUUUCAGAGAACAUGUUGCUCACAAGUCAUAACUGCUACCAAGCUAUCAUAGCAGAUGUGUUCGCCGGAAAAGAACUUACUAGUGAACUGUUUGCAGAAAAAAGUGGUCAGUUCCUCAAUUGCAUUGUCAACCUAGUCGAAAAGUUAUGGAACUUCCUCACAGAAGAAGGCAGUCAUCUCAAAGAAAUUCGGAAUCACAUUAAUUUCAGAGGCCUUCUUGUAGCAGAAUCACCCUAUAAAUCAAUAACUCAUCUCAUUUGCAAUUGCUAUAGGAAUGUUCCUAGAUUUGAAGCUAAUGCGCAUAUUAGCCAAGACAGUAUGGAUCUCUUUCAUCUUGGUGUCCAUUGCUUAAUUUAUGGCGCCUACUUAUCAUUUGUCUGUUUCAGCAAACAACCUCACUUGGCUUCCGAUGUUGUAAAGUUCUUGUAUCAUGAAGACAUUUUGUCUGGGAUACAGCUGAAGUUCUAG